AUGCAACAGAAGUUGGUAGUGGAAGUCCGACCGCUCCGUCAUAGACAAUGGCCCCCUGACAACACGAUUGCUCAAAACACUCAGAGGUUGGAACAUAUGUUCCCUCCUGGCCCUAACUCUGACACCAUAAUCGGGGAAAGGCCUGGUAAAGCUUUCUUGGGCAAUUUCCGAACCGCCUGCGACUUGUGUUUCUCGCAGUCAACUACCACAAAAUGCCAGUACGACUCGACAACCCAUACUUGUCAAAACUGUCGACGCCUCAACCGACCCUGCACAUUUUCGCGCAGUGGAAAUCUGAUUCAGGAUUUCGUCUAUGGACAGCGUCUGGAAGAGCUCGGUAUUGCCCCUCACAUGGCACGAAGCGGCUCAAUGACGAAUGACAUGGAAAGGGCUCCUUUUGACCCUAGUAUUGAGGAGGAAGAGCAUGCUAACUUGGCUGCUGAUUGA